AGGGAAAUGGCACUCGGUUUCCAGCCACGGGAAUAAUUGUGUCCAAUCCAGAAUUUCGGUCAGCAGUAAAACUUUAAAAAUUUGAUUCGUGAUAACGAAUGAUUCAGUGGUCGGAUAUAUUUUAUUUCGAAUAAAAAUCUAGAUCAGAGUUUCUCAAAUUGGAGGUAUAGUUAAUAGAAUUAGUACUUUUAAUACUAUUCGAUGAAAAGAAUGGGUUAAUAAACAAGAAGGACAAGUUAAUUAGUGUUCAUAUUGAAUAAAAAUUAUUGAGACAUAAAUAGGGGUUGAUAAAAACUUCUACUUUAUUCAUGGACUCCUCGAAAGUUGAAAUUUGAGAAACGUUAAUCUGGAUAAAAUGCAUACUUCAGUUUAUACAUGUAUAUUUCGUAUAUGAAUAUAAAGAUAUUGCUCGACUUACAGACGAGAAGAAUGCUGCUGCACACUAUCAUGAAUUCUGACACAGAAAUAUUAAUCAUUUUGAAUCGUUUUAUAGAGUCGAUGGCACGUCACGAGCUCCACAUACAGGAAUUUUACUUGAAAAUUUUAGCAACGUAUCAAACUGAUCCCCUAAUUAAUCGAGAUACAUUAACCAGAAACGGGAGUAUCAAAUGUGAUUUAUAUGAAGACAACUUCAAGCGCAACGGACGAUUUAAUUGUUCGAACCUGGACGCGAGCUGAUCGAUGUUGUCUUAUUUCUGACGAAUAACGAAAAUUAAAUGUUUAAUAUGUGAAACGAACGCACGCAAGAUUUGAUAAUUUAUCUAAAUUGGAGAAUAGUCAUAGGACAGAACAAAAUUAUAUAUUUUCACGGAUAUAGCGAAAGCUAUGAAAUAAAAUGCAGUGUGCGGGCGACGGUCGAAAAUGGGGCCAGUCUCCGGUCGACAUCGAGGAGGACAAAGCUGUCGGAAUUAAAUUUCCUGCGCUUGUUAUGAGCGGUCAUUGGAGCAAAGAUGGCGAAGCAAAACUGCGAAAUACUGGCAAGACGGCUCAAAUAACCCUUGCGGGAAAAAAGAGUCCAGUGACAAUUCGAGGUGGCCCAUUGUCAAACGACGUGUACGAGUUGUCGGAAGUGGUGUUUCGAUGGAGUUCUUCGAACUGUAAAGGCGCGGAGCACACCUUGAAUGGCACUUGGUUCACAAUGGAAGCCCAAGCAGUACAUUUCAACCAGAGAUACGAGACGAUCGAGAAUUGCUGGGGCAAGAAAGACGGACUCGCGAUCUGUUCGUACUUUCUGCAAGCCUAUCACAUGCCCGUCUGGGACGAACACCCAUUGUUUUCGAGGAUCACCGACAGCUUGUGCAACAUCAUCCAGGCUGACACGGUCACGAAACUGCCAGCAAAUUGCUUGGGCUGGAUGAGACAGGCCUGCCAAACACCGGGUUACUAUAAUUACCUGGGAUCCAUCACGACUUUUCCAUUCCACGAGUGCGUCACCUGGAUCGUUUUUCCCGAACCAGUUCGAAUUUCCGAAAACCAAGUGAAGUUGUUUCGAAUGCUGUGCGACAAGCAAGGCGCAUGUAUAAAAGAAAAUUAUCGAGAAGUGCAGAAGCUAAACGGUCGCGUAAUUUAUUACGUCAGCUGAACCACGUCUAUACUUGUAAUUAUACAUUAUCUCGUCUGGAGUCACUUUGUUCAAUGAAAAACCAUUGUGUAUAUCAAAUUUAGUUGUAUAAUCAAAGUCUAAUGUACUAAGAAUAUCUGGAAAAUACACGAAAUG